GUUUCGUGCUUCCCGAAGUUGCGCCGGAAUUGCUUCUUGCCCAGUACUGUAUAAUACCUCGCGUGAGUCGGUCCUCCUUGGUCGGCGUCCAACCUCGGCUGCGAGUUCGUUGCAUGUCGCCGAGCCCCACACGAACUGAGGAAAUGGUGUCUCGCGAAACUUUCUCCGUUCCUUUCUGCACGGGAUCUUUAUCCUGGAAGUCAGAGAUGUGACUCGAGACCGAGCAUCUGCGCAGGACGACGAGCGCAGACGUCGGGCGUUCGCACUGGCGCUGUGCCGCCAGUCAUUUUUGUUGCUCUGUAUGUACAGCCCAAGUGUGACUGGAAACGCGCGUUUAGGACUCAUUCUCCUUGGUUGUCUGUGGCUACCUUCGGCGCUUCUCCAACGAUUUCGCCAUCCUUGUGACACUGGCAGUCGAUGCCUCUCGCGGGAAGCCUUGAAGUUUGGGGUCACUUUCUGCGGUCUAGAAAAACUCCUCAGUCGGCGUGUCUUCUGGACAUAAAUUAGCAUUGUUUCUACAGUUUCGUUGAAAGUUUCGACGUCUGCGUAGGCGAUUGAAGGGGUACGUUCCUCUUUGCGUUUUUUCCUUUUGUCUUCCACCGCAAACGACAUGCUCCGGGCCUCAAAGGCAUUCGCCUCACCUGGCCGGUUUGUUUUGGCGGCGAGACAGCUGAUUUCCAACGCUUCCCUGGAGACCGUGGACGUAUCCGGGGAAGGCUUGUCUUUCACUAUUUCCUCGGAUUGUGUCUUUCCACAUUUGUCCCUCGAAAGAGCUUGCACAGAAAGUUCACUUUAACACUCCUGGGAGCUAACCUCGUGAUUCUGCCGUGAGGACGUCUCGCCAGUUGAGCGUGUUUGCGAACUUGUUUCGCUGCUCACAAGGUUCUGGACCCGCUUCUCCGCUAUCCGUGAUCUUCCUUGGCCUUUUUCAGGCGUCGCGUUUUCAGGUUUUCAGCCCUCAGAUCUGUCAGUCUCGGCCUCUCGCCUUCUUCCCUCUUGUCUGUUCGCGCUCAAACUGGAAGAAACUUGCUCCUCCAAGCCGGCGUGCCUAUCCCUGAGACGCGAUCCGCGGCUUCCCUGCGCGCUCGUGUGGCGGUUCUCCUUGGACUGAACAAUGGCGCAAGUUCCGUGGGAGAAGCUAACUCAGAAACCGGUCUCUGAGGCGACGGCAGGCGAGAUCCUUUCGCGGUGUCUGUGCCAGCUGCGCCGCUGCUCCCUGUACUCGGCCUCGGACGGAACCGGCAUCGACGGGGCUUGGAUCGAGCAGAGCGAAGUUGUGCGGCAACUCCGCAGUGUCCGGGCAGCUGUCAAGCGGUCUCAGCGCCUGUUUUCUUCUCGAAAAACACCCGCCUCAGGGCUCAGAGACGGCGGUCGCGACAGGUCUGACGAAGCCACCAGGCAUCCCGACGACCUACGCAGAAGCGUCUUCCACGUCAUCCGAGCCAAGGGCAUGAUUCAGCUGCUUCCUCGCCACUUGGGGAACGUCAAGCUCGGCAUUCAGCUCUAUCUCCUCAACUUUCUUCUCAAGUACCUUCCCGAGUUCAAUGGCGUCUGGCUGGCAGUAGACGCCAUUCGUGUGCUUCAGCCCAAGAGUCGACUCGGCGGAGUUCUCUCUCCUCUCGGCUACAUGAUUCCAGAUGCAGACACUGGUGGCGGUGUCAUGCUCUUCGAAGUCGAACUCGACUGUCUUGUCUUCAAACCCAAGACCAAUGCCAUGCUCAUUGGACGCAUGCAGACAGUCCGACCAAGUCAUGUGAGACUCCUGUGGCUAGGAUUGUUCAGCGCCGUCAUUCCUCGCAGCCGCCUCUCGCCGUCCUACGACAUCGACAAAGAACAGAGGAAGCUGCAGCACAAGAAAGGCGGCGCGGACAUCGAAGAGGGCGACCUUGUUUGCUUCCAACUCACGAGCUACACGCAGGGGUCGCGCGCGGAGCUGCUGAGCUUGGAAGGGAGUUUAGAGUCUGGAUAUGCGGGAUUAGUCCCCGACGAGAAGAGCGGAUCUAGUGAAUCAAAGCGAGAAAAGAAGAGAGAAGCGAAAGCGUGUGAUGAGAAGGCCUCUGAGACUCAACAGGCCGCGCAGAAGUCCGGAGAAGACCGAGAGAAGAACGGUAGUGCGAAGAAGAAACGAAGACGCCAGGAAGCCGGCGACGGACGCGAGAGCGACAGCGGGUCUUCACGAGAUUCAGAGUCGAGAGCUCAAGAGUCGAGGAAGGCUACGAGCAAAAGCGAGGAGGGAGCCGUGGUGGAGAAAGAGAAGAAGAAAGCGAAGCGAGGGAACGCAGCAGACCGAGAGGCAACGGAUUGCGAGCCUUCGCGGGCGUCGACCAAGUCUCAACGCGCGUCCAAGCCGGAAGAAGAAGAGACUUCUGGGAAGGAGAAGGCGAGGACAGGAGAGAGGACAGCGAACGAGGACUCAAGUUUUCAUUCGAACAAGAAGAAGAGUGUUGAUGAGGGCAAGAAGAAAACAGCUGAGAGCCGCGGGGAAGACGACAGUGAGGAAGAAAGCAAAGGCAGCCACGAAAACCACCGCAAGAAACGACGGAAGUAACUCGCGAGUUCAAGGGUGAAAAUUGCGUUUCGCCAGGCGUCAGCUUGCAUCCAUGAAGCUCUUUCGCGACAUUGGAUUCUCUUUUUCUCUCUGUAUCUUCCCUCGUCCACUCGUUUGUCUUCUUCCCCAUUCCCUUAGCACCCGCCUCGAUCUCUCGCGUUGAGCGUCUGUUGCAUGCUUUCUUCUUCACUGUCUCUCUUCCUUCUCUCGGACUUGUUUUCUGUGAGGCACUCGGACUUUCUGCCGUCGUUUCGCUCAAAACUUCUUCCCGAAACCACUCCUCCUUUAUCGACCCGAUCUGCUCCUUGCGCGCCAUUCUCGCUGUGUCCUUCGACCGCGUUUUCGACCUACGGGGCGCGGCCUUCGGCUCUCUGUUUCCUUUGUCUUGUCGCGUUCCCUCCUUUGCGCUGCGCCAUCUCUCUUCGUUCUGUGGGAGCUCUUGCGUCUCUCGUGCAGACGCUCUCUGCAUCUUCUCCAGUCCGCGAGGCUCGCUGGGGAACGGCGCGAGCUGUCUCUCUGUUCUAGACUUUGAGAGUCCAUGUUUUUCAAAGGAAACUUGAAAACUUUCCUGUGGGCAACGAACUCCUUUUCAACUCUUGCCGACGAACGGGACCAGC